AUGGGCAGAACUUGCACAUAUACGCAGUUCGCAUACACGCAUGCACGUCCACUCCCUUGGGCAUCGACUGAUGCUAGUGAUCUAACUCCAACAUCAUUAACAUCAUCACCGUUGUCAUCAUCUGACCCCAACGUCAAGGCGUCACUUGUUUGCUUAGAGGGGCAUAUAUGCGCUUACACGGUGGACGUAUGGGUAUCCAAAACUGUGUGCGGGGGCGGAGAGAAGAAUUUGACAUCACAAAAGGGACAAUUUACAAACAUGUUCUUUCCUCGUCUGAAGGCGCAGGUGCGCACACAUGCAUGGGUGUAA